AUGUUGAGAAUUGGUAUACUAACCCUGACUCUAGCUGCUAUCAGCUACACAGCGGACCCAACCCAGACAUGUUCGGAUGGAAAGCAGACAGACUACCGAGGAACGAAGAGCACUACACGAGGGGGACUGACAUGUCAAGCCUGGGCCUCCCAGACACCCCACAAACACACUCGGACUCCCGAGAAAUACCCCAGUCUAGAGGAGAACUACUGCAGGAACCCUGAUAAUGAACCAGCUGCCUGGUGUUACACUACUUCCAGUAAGAGGUGGGACGUGUGUGGGGUCCCUACCUGCGCAGAACAGAGGGCGCAGGAGGUGUUGGAGACGGAGAGGGCCAGGGAGGAGGACGUGUUCCUGUUUGGGGAGAGUAAAAGGGCGAAUGUGACUCUAGAGGGGGCUGGUGUGAAGCUUACUACUCGUGAAGAUCUGGGAAGUUUUUACUGUGGGGGUACUUGUGAGUGGGUGUUCACUACCGAUAUAAAUGAUGAUGCCUUGUGGAAUAUCAUCUCCUUCAAGCAGGAUGAUUACCAAUGUUACAAGAUAGAGAAAGCCAGUGGUUACCACGCCGGGGAGAGCAUGGCACCCGGAACGUCAACUAAUGACUUGCGUAAGGGGGGACUUCUUGAGGGUGAGUUCCUGGUCCAGACUGAUAGGUGGAGUGGGACAGAAAGGGAGUGUUGGGAGUUCGUACCUGUAGAUGGGGAGGAGGACUCUUACAAGAUCAGGAAGAGGUUUGGAAGUCAGAGUGGUAAGUUCUUGAGGGCUCCCCCUUUCACCUUCAAAGACGCUGAUGUUCCCAAAACGAGGAGAUUUGUGAGAGUUUCUAGCGAGGACUCUGAUAAUGUGUGGAAAAUAACAACUGUUUAGAUUUUUCUGACUUUUCUGUUUAAAACCGAAAAUUUACUUUUAG